UUUUUUUUUUUUUUUCCUGCACCUGCAACCCUACUUUCAGGCUCACACUUCAGGGGCUGAACAGCUAUGUGAAGUCAUGGCAGAGAAGGAGACAGGCCAGGUCUAGAGGAGUCAAGGUACCUGGUGGAGCCCACGAGAGCCGGUCCCCCAGAAUUACCUGCAAAGACCCAUCUCGCUCCUUGUCUCCCUGUGGCGCCUCUAACCUUAACCCCUGGGUCUGCCUGUGACAUUAUCGGUCUCUGUCUCAGUCGAGCUUUCUGGAAGCCACUCAACACAUUUUAUUUCUGAUAAUCAGCUGUCAGGUAAACAAGCGAGGGGGAAGAAAGUCCAUAUCUCGCCCACGAUUCUCCCGUAUCAGCAACUUUUCCAAAUCGAGAAAAGGGGUCAGGGCCGAUGGGGGCGGUGGCGCAGGGUGGGAAGAAGGACCGGCCCGCUUCAGAAAUGAGGGUCCCUGAAGCCCAUCUCCUUCCAGGCUCUUCCUCCCACUCUGAGCCUCAGCCUCGCCCCGCUCCAUGAGCUCCUAGAGUGUCUGUGCCUCAGUUUGCAAACUCCCCCCACCCCACAACCAGGAAGUGGAGACAGUCGGGGUGGGGGGCGCAGCUGGGAAAGCUACACCUGCGCCAGAGAGACAUCCCCGGGCAGCCACGCUCCCCAGCUGCUCCGGGUGUGUAUGUGCAAACCCCCGGCUAGGUCCUGGUCUGUCGCAGGGUGCACCUCAGAGCGUCAGGAAGCUUUGGUAAUAAGGCUGUGACUGGCCCAGAGGCCCAGAGAGGUAUGCCAACGGCCCAAGGUCACACAGCACACCUGCAGCACAGCUUGAAGCCAGCCAGGGAGCUGAGCCCCCCCGCCCCCAGCAAUAGGCUUCCUGCUGGCACCUGCAUGUUGUGAAACAGUCAUAGGGCUGCCUAGGACCUCAGGAGGAAAGUGCUAUGAGUGCUGUCUCUCCUGGGUUAAGGGAGGCCCUGGGAGGGCAGUGACUCGCCCAAGCCUAUCCAGCCCCCAAAGCAGCCCUUGCUCACUAUGCCACGCUGGGCGAAGCCCAGUCUGGACCAGUCACCUGAUUGGUGGGGCUGGGUGCCCCAGGGUCUCCCUCCUCACCCUAGCUCCUCAUACUGCCCCCAAACCCUUGUCACCAGCCUUUCAGCCUCCCCCACCCCCAACUCCAGGUCCCAGCAGCUCUCGCAUCUUCAGAGCCACCUUUGGCCAGGGCCCCACCCCCUGUUCCUCAAGGGGCCCUGCAGUCAGGCCAGGUCCCCGCCCUCCCGUGCAUAUUCUGGGACAGGGCCCUUGUGCCCUGGGGCCACCAGGGCCAGAACUAGGAGACAGACAUCACCUCGGGCACAAACUGCAAGGGGCAGCAAAACACUCCCUAAUCAAGGCCCUUAGUGUGUUCAUAUAAUGUUUUUAAAAAUCAAAAUGCCCCAAAUCCAGGAUGAACAAAAUAUCAAAGUUUUAAAUCAAGACAGCUUCAGUAUUCUGAUUUUUCUUUUUGCAUCAGGCUCUAGUCCAGCUCUGCGUGGCAUGGUUAUGGAUCCCACCUUUGAAAUGGUAACAUGCUUAUAUCUUGGAUUUUUGCCAUUCAUUUUUUUUUUCUCAUUUGCAUCAAAAUAUUGUUUUCUUGGUCACGGUGUUUUGGGCAUCUCCUUAAGUUUUGCACACAAGGUGAAUGUCUCGCUGGCCUCACCCUCGUCCUGGCCCUGAUGGGACCGCUCCUAGCAACUGCCCCCAGCCCCCGCCUCGCCCUGCCCCGCCCCGCCCCCACCAGCCACAAGGCAGGGCUGGCAGGAAGUAAGUCCCCAGGCAAGAGAGGAGCCUGGGAGGGACAGUCACAUCCAUAUUGAAGUAACAGCUUAAAAGGCACGGAGGUUUAGGGGCGGAGGACCGACCAAGCGCCCUCCUUUCCUUUCCUUCCUGAGGACCUACUAUGUGCCCAGCGCUGUCGCAGACACGGACUAAAGCAGACACACCUACACUUCCCGGCCACCCAGAACCCUGGUAUAGGGAGAGAGCGACAAUAAAAUAAUAAGAAAUGGCACCAGGCGCGGUGCGCAUUGCCACACGCUAGAGAGGAAAAUUAACGGCGCAAAGACAGGAACCAGGGAGCAGGCUUCAUGUUUUAGACUUGGUCACCAAGAACCACAUCAUCGAAACCACAUCCACCCAGGAGAGGAAGCUGUAACGUACGCCCGUAGCCCAUUUUUCAGAUGAGGAAACUGAGGCAGGCUGCUCCGGAAGUGGCUGAGCUGGGAUCAGGGGGCAUGUUAUGGGGGGGCGGGGGCCGGUAGAGAGGGGAGACACCUGUAGAACCAGAUGGAAUGAGGGCCGGGACUUCUUUCUCCACUUCAAGGGGCCGCCUUGAUUGCGUGCUGGGCAGGACGGUCCCGCCUCCAGAAGGGGAAAGGCUCAGCGGGGCCACCCACGGGCCCCUGCCUGGGGUGGCGGUGGGGGCGGAGGGCGCUUUAAGUCCGUCCCCAGGGCUGGCAACGUGACCUCCUGCCUUCCAGAAGGGCAAGUUCAUUCAUCCAGGAGCCCCUGCUGACUCACGCUUAUGAAAGUGAUUUUCUGGCCCCGCCCACCGCCCGCCUCUUCCCAGGCCCUGAAAUACCCUGGCUUCCCAGCCUCCUACAGCCUCUUGGAUCCCCACGGGGUACUGAGCGUCCUGCUCCCUCGGCCCUCGCCGUGACCCCUGGUUCUCCUAGUGCCUGACUCAGCCAAGCUCCCCGGUGUCCUCGAUCCCCCUAAUAAGGUCGGCUGCCAGCCCUAAGGCUCUGCCAGCCACGGCCAUGAGCAACUGGAGGAAGGACCACCUCGGUGCCAGCAGCUCGGAGCCCCUCCCGGUCGUCAUCAUUGGCAACGGUCCCUCGGGCAUCUGCCUGUCCUACCUGCUCUCAGGCUAUACCCCCUACGUGAAGCCGGAUGCUGUCCACCCUCACCCUCUGCUGCAGAGGAAACUCAGCGAGGCGCCAGGGGUCUCCAUCACGGACCAGGACCUGGAUUAUCUGUCCGAAGGCCUUGAAGGCCGGAGUCAAAGCCCAGUGGCCCUGCUCUUUGACGCCCUCCUGCGCCCAGACACAGACUUUGGGGGAAACACGGAGUCUGUCCUCACCUGGAAGUACCAGAAGGAGCGAGCCAUCCCCCACCUGGUCCUGGGCCGGAACCUGCCUGGGGGUGCCUGGCAUUCCAUUGAAGGCUCCAUGGUGACCCUGAGCCAAGGCCAGUGGAUGGGGCUCCCAGACCUGCAGGUCAAGGACUGGAUGUGCAGGAAGCGAAGAGGUCUCCGCAACAGCCGGGCCACGGCGGGGGACAUCGCUCAUUACUACAGGGACUAUGUGAUCAAGAAGGGCCUGAGCCACAACUUCGUGUCCCGCGCCGUGGUCACGGCCGUGGACUGGGGGAUGCCCGAGCCGAGCGGCCCCGGGACCCAGGACCCCAGCCCCCUCUUCCAGGUGCGCGGCUUCGUGACCGCCGAGGACCAGAGCCAACAGCCCUUCUCCCUGUGUGCCCGCAACGUGGUCCUGGCCACAGGCACAUCUGACAGCCCAGCCCGGCUGGGCAUCCCCGGAGAGGCCUUGCCCUUCGUCCACCAUCACCUGUCAGCCCUGGAGGCGGCCACGCGGGCAGGCAAGGUGACCCCAUCCUCGGACCCCGUCCUCAUCAUCGGGGCGGGGCUGUCUGCGGCCGACGCGGUCCUCUACGCCCGCCACUACAACGUCCCCGUGAUCCACGCCUUCCGCCGGCCUGUGGACGACCCGGGCCUGGUGUUCAACCAGCUGCCCAAGAUGCUGUACCCCGAGUACCACAAGGUGCACCAGAUGAUGCGGGAGCAGUCCAUCCUGUCGCCCAGCCCCUACGAGGGCUACUGCAGCCUCCCCGAGCACCAGCUGCUGCGCUUCAAGGAGGACCGCCAGGCUGUGUUCCGGAACCCCCAGGGCCUCCAGAAGGUCUUUGGCGUUUCCCUGGUGCUGGUCCUCAUUGGCUCCCACCCCGAUCUGUCCUUCCUCCCGGGGGCCGGGGCUGACCUCGCCAUGGACCCCGACCAGCCCCUGAGCGCCAAGAGGAACCCCAUUGACGUGGACCCCUUCACCUACCAGAGCACCCACCAGGAGGGCCUGUAUGCCAUGGGGCCGCUGGCCGGGGACAACUUUGUGCGGUUCGUGCAGGGUGGCGCCCUGGCUGUGGCCAGCUCCCUGCUGAGCAAGGAGGGCAGGAAGCCGCCCUAGCACCUGGCCUGACGUCCUCGCACCCACGCCCUAAAGUGGAGGGAAGAUCCCCACGGCUCUCCUAGACAGAGAGCCGGGCCCAGGAUGCCCCAGUGAUGGAAGGGGGACCUCUCCUGGCAGGGGACAGGAGUGGCCAUGAGCCCACGCUACAGGCCUCUCAGAUGAAGCGUGGGGAAACCACAGCUGCCCAGCCUGAGGCCAGGGUGGGAACAGUGACCGCAGGCCAGGGUAGGCCUAGACCUGUAACUGGGGGUAAAAGCUGGCAGUGUGAGCUGGGACCACCGAGACCAGCUGAGCGCCGAGCCAGGAGGACUCUGGGCCCCACUCUUUCCAGAAUCGGGUCCUGAAUAAAACCAGCAACUGCUUCCA